GUCACUCUUGGAGUCAAAGACUUGUUAACUUGAAUUUAGGGAACAUUUGAUACAGUUCAUUCUGUUUGCUCCAAUUAGCUGUUGUCAGUAAUAAACUCACUUUUGGUUUAAUUAAUAUAUAAUACAUAAUCAAAAACUACUCAGAUAAAAGCUCAUUAGAGUACAUUGAAGGCUUUAACCCUUUAACUCCAGAAGUGAUUAAAAUGUUACUUCUCCGUAUUAAAUCCAUACAUUAUUCAGCAAACAGGUAAUGAGAAUACUCAAAUUUAUCAGAUUGAAGUUGUUAUCUUGAUCGAACACCAAAUUCUUGUAACUAACUUACAAGGAAAUAAAUAGUAGCCAGAUAGAAGAAUUGACAAGUAGAUCUUUGGACUUAAAUUUCUAAAAAGAAGUCAGAUCCAUUACAUUUGUUAUAAACCCAAAGGUGAGAAUGCCCUGAUAUAACAUUGGUUAUGUUUCCUUUUUUUUUGUACAGGUAAAUUUAGUUGAUGGUCUGCCGUCAAUUUUAUAUAAUGAAACUUGUACAGCAGGAGCUGGUACUAUUAUAUUAGAGUUUGGAAUCCUCAGCAGGCUACUGGGUGAUCCAGUUUUUGAAAAUUUUGCACGCAAAGCAGUGGAGGCUCUCUGGAAGCGCAGGUCAUUAGAGACUGGGCUGCUUGGAAAUGCUAUUAAUGUGGUAACUGGAGAAUGGACAGGAAAAAUGAGUGGAUUAGGUGCUGGCUUAGAUUCUUUUUAUGAAUAUCUUUUAAAGGGUUAUAUUAUGUUUGGGGAGACAGAGGAUCUAAAAAGAUUCAAUGAUAUCUACAAAGCCAUAAACAGAUAUCUUCGAAAAGGUCGACUUAAAUGUAACGAAGGUAAUGGUUCGACACCCUUGUAUGUGAAUGUGCAUAUGAACUCCGGCCAAACAGCUAACCUGUGGGUAGAUGCUCUGUCAGCCUCGUUUGCAGGAGUACAGGUGCUUAAAGGGGACAUCAGGGAAGCCAUUUGUACGCAUGCUCUGUAUUAUGCGAUCUGGAAAAAGUACGAGGCUAUGCCGGAGAGAUUCAACUGGCAAACUAAACAGUCAGAGGUUCACUUCUCUCCAUUACGACCAGAGCUGAUUGAAUCAACUUACCUUUUACAUCAGGCCACCCAUCACCCGUUCUACCUCCACGUUGGCAGAGAAAUCAUGAGGGACAUAGAAAAACACAGCAAAGCAAGAUGUGGUUACGCUACCUUACAUGAUGUGAAUGACAAAACUCAAGAAGAUAGGAUGGAGAGCUUCUUCUUGAGUGAAACGUGCAAAUAUCUUUAUCUCCUAUUCGAUGACAACAACCAUCUCAACCAGGACGCUUCAAACUACAUUUUUAGCACAGAAGGACAUGUCUUUAGAAUCGACUCUCGGUUUAGGAAAAGGCCAUGGGAUGAAGAGACAAAAAUGUUUGCACAGAGGACAACGAAAAGAACUUUCAACACCCAGUCCUCAGGGGGUUAUAAUGACAGUAUUGGGUGCGUCAGCUUUUGUAGUGACCUGAAUAGUCCUCUACCAAUGGACAUUCGAUACUGGAAAGAAGUAGAAGCAGCAGUUGGUGUAUGAUAGCUGUGCCAAUUACGCUGGGAAUAAACAACAAACAGCUAAUCGCGGCACAAGUUCCUUCACAUUGUGACUGCUACAUGGUACAACUGGAAAAUCAUUCAACUUCCCGGAAUUUCCUUCACACUACUACUAAGUAGUACUCAAACAGACGAAUAAAACUACAAGACGUUUGAGUCAAAGGGUUUUUUGAGAACUUGCAACUUGGGGAUUUCUUCUCAAGCAACUAUGGACCAUUGCGUUUUCUGGCUUGAGGCUUAGCGCAUAUUUUAUGGACUAAUCCAACACCUGGUUGCUGCGUCAUAGAGAUGAUCACUUGUCUCCAUGUACACUAGAUGUCUUAAAAGGGAAUUUUUUUAUCGCUACAACAGACAAAUGUACCCAGAAAUUGCUCGAUCAAGUGAGACAUCAUAUCAAUGAAACUAUGUCGAAGUACUUUGAAAGAUUUUCUGAAGUGAAAGCUUCAACGGAAGUAGUCUCUCAAGAGUGGAAAAGUCAAGUGGGGGGAGUUAGGAAAAUGGAGGCUUAAUUUCCACGUUUCAUUUUUUUAAUUGAAAAAUGUCGAAGAUUUGUGAAAAAAUGGUUCGCGGCUGGAAUAACGCGACGUUUCUUCCCGGACAAGAGAAUGAUCAGAUGCCUUGGG